AUGUCGUCGGAGCUGUUCACGUCUGCACUUCAAUGGAUAAUGAAAUCACUCGCUUGGGAAGAGAUGGACGUCCAUGUUAAUGGAAGAUUCCUCUCGAACCUUCAUUUUACGGACGACAUAGUUUUCUUUUCGAGAAGUACCAAUGAAGCUGAAACAUUGCUCAAAGUAUUGAACGAAGCAGGGAAGAGAAUAGGACUGCGAAUAAAGAGAAAGAAGACACAGUUCAUGAAGAACGCCUACUGCGAGGACGGAGGAGUACAACUUGAAGGCUCCCUAAUCGUGGAAACUUCGUUGUUCUGCCUUGGACUUCUAUGA